AUUGUCACUUAUGUGCACAUCUUAUCGCCACGAUCACGACAUAGCAACAUCAUUUCUCCAAAACAGAUUUCUUAAUAUCUCACUGCAUCUGUGUCUGUGUAUACAUAUAAUAUAACCGAAGUAUAUCCCUUCUCUCUCUCCUUCACAUCCUUCUCGCCCAAAAGGGCUAGCUGCAUAACCAUACAAAAGAGAAAAAAAAUAGACUUGCGCCCAUAGAUAAUUGAGAAAAAGGGUAUUGGAAACAAGUUUGCGAGGUUCAUUAGCAACGAUGCCUGGGAUUCGGAUGAGGUUUGAGCGGGUAGCGGCAGCGUUUCAAGACGUGUCGCGGCUUUGCGAGAGCAGCGGGAGCGAGAACUCGCCGGAGAGUCUCACCGAUUUAUCGGAUCUUGUGAAGUCAUUCAUUGAAAGAGAUGGUGGUGGGUUUGAUGGAGUCGGCAAAGAGGUUGAGCUUGAAACGGAUCAAAACCAUUCAGACUCGUCAGAAUAUUGGUCUGAUUCCGAGGCCAAGGAAAUGCUACAGAACCUUUUUGGCUGCGACGGCGAUGGCAAUCACCAUGAUGCGAAGCAUAAGAUCCGUGCCGAAACAGAGUCUGCAAGCUUUGGGCUGAUCGGAGAUAGAUCGUCCCCGAGUUUUAAACGAGAAAUCAUGGCUCGCCUGCGUGACAGGGGUUUCGAUGCUGGCCUCUGCAAAUCGAAAUGGGACAAAGGCCGGCGGUUCCCAGCCGGGGAUUACGAGUACAUUGAUAUCAAUGUCUCUGGAAACAGAUACAUUGUCGAAGUUUCGCUGGCCAGAGAGUUCCAAAUUGCUCGUCCAACGGACCGAUACGCGGCGUUGCUCGAUGUUCUUCCACCCAUAUUUGUGGGCAAAGUGGAAGAGCUCAAGCAGGUGGUGACGCUGAUGUGUAGAGCAAUGAAAGAGUCAAUGAAAAGCAUGGACAUGCAUGUACCGCCAUGGAGAAGAAACGGGUACAUGCAAUCCAAGUGGUUUGGUUCUAAUUACAAGCGGACCACAAACAGAGUUCCAACAGGGAAAGCACACAUAUUUGAAUCUGAUAACGAUUCUUCUGCCGGAAAACUGUCGGUUGCGUUCAAGGCCUUGCCGGCGAUUUCAUACUAUUGUAGAGACGAUUUUGCAAGUAAGGUUGGGUUAAGAGUUGGGCAUUUGACUGAAGCUCUAGGGGCCAAGGGCGUAGGCAUGCCCUUGUAGUUUUUUAUUUCUUUUGGUUGUUCCAUGCAGAGAAAAUUACUAGCAGUCUGCGUAGAUAUUCACUCGAUGGGUGGGAUGAUCAGUAGUGGUGAUUGGGUGAGGAAGCCUGAGCUAGCAGUUCAAUUUUUUAGCUCGGAUGUUCGAUCUGUUACCUUUGUCAUGCAAUUGUUCCUAUUUUUGAACAGAUGAAUAAAUUUUGAGAUGCAUAUAUUAUUGCA